AUGAAGAUUAUUAUUGAGUUUAUUCAACUAAUUUUAUUUCCAGUCAUAGUCUACUCCAUAGAUAUAUGGACAGAAUUUGACAUGGCAUUAAGUUAUAGGACGUCCAGGAUUUUAAAUAAUGUGAUUCUAAGUUUCUUAUACGAUUCAAAAAGUUCCUUGCUUAUUGAUAAGUUGAACCUGACAUAUGGAAUAUUUUUGCCCGUUGAUAAAACCGAGUACAUACCUUCUGAAAACUCGUGUCCAGAAUUAGAACAAAGUUAUAUUUCCUUGAUUAAAAAGAUUAUGAGAAUCCCUAUUUUAGACCAUGGAACUCAAUUUGAAUUGGAAUUGGAGAGAGUAAGUAUGAAGUUGUUGUCAAAAACAUGUUCGAAUGAUGGCUUACAAUGUCAAAGGAAUGAAGAUGGAUUAAAUGGUGAUGUCAGUGCUAAUACGCAGUUAAAAGAAAUGGAGCAGGCUCAAAUUGUUAACUUGUUAGUUUCAGAACUUUGUAAUAUUACGGAACUUGCUAAUUCAUAUUGGGAUAGUGAACUUGAUGAAUUUACAAAUUCGUUCUUGUCUAAUUUAGGCUAUAAAGGAAGACAUAUAUCAAAAAUUCAUAAAAAUUGUUUAUAUAAUUCAUCAGAUGGGUUGAACAAAAGACAAAGAAUGGAUUUCCAUAAAUAUUUUGAUCAUGAAAUUAAAAAAUCUCAAAUUUUUAUAUUGGAACUAAACCAAAAAAUCAAAGAAUUUUCAAACUCUCCCAAAAAGUAUAGAUUAAACACCACUGAUUUUAAUACGGCUUUUUUAAAACAUUUUCCUCAUGAGUAUUAUUCAUUUUUGGAAUGGUUGACACUAUAUGAAUAUUUGGAAAAGUUCAAAAAUGAUCUUAUUCAAGAAAUUAAUUUAAAUACAAAUUUUGAUAAAGGGGACGUUGAAUCUGCCAUUAAAUUCAUUUCUGGUGAAAUUAUUUCAGGGGAUUUUGUAAAAAUUAUUAAGAAUCGUAGGAUAGAUGAUAAAAUUUAUAAAGUUUUACACGUUAGAAAGGAAACACUGCCAAAUCUUUUUAAUAAAAUGGCUUCUAAGCAAGUUUUUCUCCAAGAUUCUGAGACUGGAAAACGUCUUCAAAUUGAAUCUAAUCUAUUGAUUAGAACUAUGGAUAUAGCAUGUGUAUAUAGGAAUAUUCAAUUGAAAUUUUUCAAGGAACUUGCCAUUACAAAAUAUUCAUAUCUUAUUAAAAAGGCAUACAUGAAAUCUAAUGUGAAUUGCAAAUUUGGUGAUAUUCUGUUAAGCACUAUAAUAUCUAUGUUAAACGGAGAUUCUAAACUAAAAAAUAUUACAUUGGAACACGUCAUAUCAGCAAUUGAAAUACUUAAUUAUUCCCUAAGAUUUAAUGAAUUUCCAGGUGGAUUUGAUAAUGAUUUGAAAAUGCCUAAUAAUAUUAAUGUGCAAGGGCUCACGACCCCAAAUCUAAUGAAAUGCGGUUCCCCACUUCUUAUUUUAAUUAUCAAUAGAUAUAACUCAUUGACAGGAAAAUUUCCUGAUUACCAAAAUUGCUCAUUAAAAUCAGUUGGUGGAGAUAUUGGUAAAUGUGAACCUGUUUCUACCAAAAUAAAUAGUUUCGAAGUGUGGAAAAAGGCUUUUGAAGUUUCAUUUUCAAAUAACAUUCUAGAUUUAUCUUUUGAUGAUAAAUCAAUAUCAUUCUGGAAUUCUUCUAUCAAAUCCAGUAGAACUGAUGAUGCAUCUAUUGUUCAAGGAUAUGCUGAGUGUGAUAUUAAAUGUUUGAAUAGUCUUUUGCUAAAUAAAGGAACAAAAAAUAAUAUUGUAUUUGACAUUUUGGGACAAAUGUCAUGGCACCUUUCUUCUGAUAUGAUGCUAUUAGAUAAGUUAAUAGCAAAAUUUUAUAGCAUGAUCAGUAUUCAAACAUCGUCAAUUAAAAGUUAUGGGGAAACCAAUGUUUCUGCGGAGGUUUCUAAUCGUUUAAAAUACAGAACUUGUGAUAAUGGAUGUUAUACAUAUGAACCUGACUCCGUUCUUUUAGGAUGUUUUAGAUGGUUAGAAAAUAAAUCUAAUCAUGUUCAAAAAAUACCUUUGAUGAAUUAUUAUUAUUUGGCAUUAUCCAUCCACUCACGCUUUACAGAAAUUUUGAACACAUACAAAAAUUUUAAUCCUGGGAAAUUAAGCAAAAAAUUUACAAGAUCAGUCAUACAUAAAUAUUAUAAGUUCCAUUCUAUCUAUAUCCAUACCAAAUUCAUGCCUCCACAAAACUAUCCAUUGGCAUCUUAUGUCCUUCAAAUCGUAUUUUUCUUAAAUGAUUAUUUGGAAAAUUAUAAAUCAAAUGGGAUUAAUGGAUUUCCAAAAAAUUUUAAUGAGCUAGCAAAGGCUGCUGAGCCAUCAUCAUUGUCCAGUGUUAAUAAAUUGCGAAAUUUUAUUAAUGUUUUAAGGAAAUAUGCUAUUGAAUUUAUAUUCAGAUUCAUUUCGAAUAAUAAUAAAAUUAAAAAAGACGGUGUUGUUGGGUAUAUUAAAUAUAAGAUGGUGAAAUUGGGUGGAAUUAGUAAAUUAUUUAGGUCAGUGAUUAAUGAUGGUAAUAAUGCAAACUUAGAAUAUGGGUCUUUGGCUGUAGCCACUGUAUUAUCAUGGGCAUUAAACGGUCAGGAAAUAGUGCCUAAGCAUGAUUCCAAACAAUGGAAGCCAUACGUAUCGAAUUUGUUUUCCUCAAAUAUUCCUCAGUAUCGUAAAUAUUUUUUUUAUAUGAUAUUAAACAAUGCAAAGUCACCUGAUCAAGUUGCAUGGGAUAUGAUAUCAGAAAAAUGUAAAAUCAACAAUCCGAAAGCAGUGAAAAGGAAUUUGCUUAAUGUACUCACUGCUAAAAAUAAUAUACUUUUGGUUGUAGAUAUGGCCAAGGAAAUAGUAGAAAAUUGCAAUAAUACUAAUUAUGAUAUUGAAACAUCUAGGUUAUUCACAGAAUCGAACUGUCAUUACUUGAAAUUGGAUGCCAUUAAACAUAUAAAAUUCAACGAUAUGAAAAUUGGUAAUUUUAUUAAAUCAAUAUUGAAUAAUGGCAUUAAAAAUCGUAUAGGAAAGACCAAUGUUGUUGAAUGUGAUUGGUUUUAUGAUAUUGAAUAUUACAAAUUGGUCCAAAAGAAAGUAAGUUCUGAUAAGGAAGAUUAUGUUAAUCUUAAUCUUAUUAAAACUAUAAAAUUGUCUUUUGGGUAUAAAGAAUUUGAAUAUGAAUAUGUUCCAAGAGACGUAUUCAUAACUGGAGUGUAUGAUUAUUAUAGUCUACUUUUUGAUAACUUGGGAAAUUGUAAUAAAACAAAUGAGAUUGUAGAUGCUAAAUGUCAAUAUGAGAUUUUAAUUAAAGAUUCAAAAAAACAAAUAUUGUUACAACAAGUUUACGAUGGAAAGGUUUAUGUACUCAAAAGACCUAUUCAAACCAAAUACAAAUUUGGGAGGGUAUUUUUGACAGAAGAUACGUUAAAUAGACUUUUAAUUUCUAGUAUUGAAAUACCCGAAUGUAAUGGAAAGUGUAACGUUGAUGAUUUUAGGAAAGUAAUAUUAGAUAAUUUGUUAAUGGAUGGAUUGGAAGCUCCCAUAAUUAAACCACGAAGUAUUGACGAGUCUUAUAUACACUCAUUAAAUGUACUUGAUUUCAAUAGUACUAUUUUUGAAUUAUAUCAUGUGAAGGAUAUUGUGAGCGGUGAAACUAUAACCAUUGAUGAUGUCAAACAACAAAGAGAUGUAUUGGUAUGCGCUGACGAUGAUUUCUAUCAUAAUAACAUUGACAUCGAAUCGAUUAAAUAUGGUGAAAAUGUGGGCGGUUUGAUGAAAUAUCCAGCAUUCGGAUACAAAUUCCUCAAGAAAUAUAAUGCUAAGCACAUGCGGAAUGGGUAUGGAUAUUUCUUGGUUAAUUUAUUGCCAGAUUUAUCUGAAAGUUGUAAUAACAGCGGUAUCAUAGUAGAUCCCGUUGAAACUAAAACCAAAAAAAUCGCUCAGGUAGCUAUAAAUGUAAAUUAA